AUGAACAUUACUCAUACCCGCACAGAACAUAAUAAUAUAGUAGAUGACGUUGGUAAAGAUCUAGUUGGAGUGAUAAGGAAGCAAUUGAUGAAAGGCCAACCCCUUCAUAUUGUUUUUGACAACUUGGACUUUAUAAUUCUUGCCAAUAUCAUCUUAAAAAAUCACCGUAACAGUGAUAUGCAUUGGAUUGGACAUUAUGUUACGUUUGAUCGUGUGAAGAGUGACAAUCUUGAUGAUCAAAGUCCUUUAGUCCCCAACAAAUCAUCGUUUGAUAAUGCAGGGAAUUACUUGUUGAGUAAGGAAGAACUGAAAGAGAUUCCCGAUCAUUAUACCAUGUUAGCUGCAAGGGUUCUUGUUCAAUUUGUGCCGUGCCUGUAUCCAAUGGCCAAAGUUGUUCCCAGAAAUAUAAAACAUGAGUAAGUGUUGUACAUAAUUAAUUUGUUUUUAUUGUAUAUACGACAUAUUGUAUAGUUUGUACAUGGAAUAUUGUAUACAAUGUAUAAAUACAGGUAGAUACAUUGUUUUAUUCAAACUCGGCCAACAGUACAUGUGGAUACACUGUAAGUUACCUGUAUGGCCUGUUUUGCAGGAGUUUAUAGAGGGGGAAGAUUGGAACCGGAAUAAACGCUUACUUAUAUCAAGUGCAUGGCAAGCAAAUUUUCUCAUAUAAAUUCCCAAUGGUAAAUUUUAGUGUAUUGAUUUUAAAAGGUAUUCCGAGGAAAUGAAGGAAAAAUCAAUCAUAAUCAACUUGUCAAUAGUCCCAUAUAAUCAAAGCAAACAUUCAGACGUAUGCCAAUAUCUUGAGUAUGUACAGAAGUUAAUAAAAGAUAUACACAAUGAAUUGCCCGAAGCCGAAGCAGGGAAAGAUGUGUCUGUGCCACUAUGUGGAGAUCAACUUGGGCGAGAGAGAAUAACUGGUGCCAAAAAGACGAGGAUGGGAUGUGACUUGCCCAGUGAAAGGUAUGCAAUUGUGGUAAACAUCUUUAAAUUUUUUUAAUAUAAAUUUUAAUGUGCUAUACAGAAGUAGGAAUAGACUUUCUGUUUAUUCCACUUUUGCUCGGCUCCAAUGACAUCAUUGCCGUGCAUGUUUGCCUGUUUAGCAUGGCUGGUCACAUUAAUGUUAUAUUCCCAUGUCUUGUGCACGAAUAUGUUUCUCUUUGAUAUUGAGCUAAAUCAUAAGAGUAUUCUUUAAACUACCAACAAACCUAACCUAAAUUAUGCGCAAAAUACGCGGAAACAACCGCAUGGAAACGAGGCCAUUUAGACAAGAGCGCAUGCAAUAAACGGUACACUACUUGUUCGUUAUUUUAGCAAUUAGGAAUGAACUUUCAAACUUUAUGACGUGGUAGCCAAUCAAAUUGCAAGAAACAAGGUGCUUUUUUAUAACGUAAAUAAUUGUAAAUCAUUGGAUCUUGCAGGUUUGACAACAUUCUAGAAUGUCCGACAUUAUGGCAUCUGAAGCAGUCAUUUCUCAGGGUAAGUAUACAGAAGCACAUCAAUAGAAAAAGAUUUAUUUUGCUCAUCAAAAUAUACAAAUUUAACAAAUACAAGUUACAAAUUCAAAAUUCCAUGCUAUAAAUUUAUUAUUAUGGUACAUAUUAUCUGAACUAAUGUAUCAAUUGUUAAUAAAACGCCAACAUCUAAUUUAUCAGCGAUGUUUCGGGUCAUUCGUUGUACUAUCAUACAAACUUAUUGUUCAUUGAUUUACUGUGUCAUGCAUGUGAAAGCUGGGAAGCGAUGUCAAACAAUGGUGGAAAUUAAAUUUUUUCCUAUAUUAAAGCAAAGAUGAGGAAUUUCCUCCCCAACCUCACUGAAAUUAAGAAUUACGUCAAUAAUUUCAAAUCGAUAUAUCAAUGCAUGAUUAUUUGCUUGUAAAAACCGUUGCACAAUGUUGCGUUUUGUUUCCCUAUUUUGUUUCACUAAUUUAAGAUAUUUUACAUGUAUUUUAAGUAUAUAUGGGAGCAACUGUACAAAGGUAGGUACAUCUGCGUGUGGCAGAGAGGUUGGUAUGUUGUACUACAUGAGGCAACACUUUGGUAUGAACAACGUGAAAUCCGACGUUAAGAAGAAUUACAAGGCAGCAGAAUCUUUGAUGUUAUCUUUGACAAAAGCUAACCUGUGUGCCGCGUUCAUGGAAUGGUCUGGGAUGGAAACACUCAAUGCCAACCCGACGAAAGUGGACGUGCCAGCUAAAGAUGCAUCUGAAACAGAAUGGCAACAAUUUCUAGAUGAGAAAGUUAGAGCGUUUGUCGAAGAAUUUGUGAUGUUCGAAUUUGACAGAGAAAGGAUAUUGAGAGAAUCAGAGCAAACUAAGAAGAAAACAGAACGUCAAGAAGACCAAGGAGUACCAGACAAGAUAAUCACCAUUGAACCAGGUUAGCAAAACAUGUAAAGCUUAACGAGCGGUAAUGUUUGUUUUACUAAUGUAUGGAGAUCUAUUGUAAAAUAUGGAACCCAGAACGAUGCAACGAAAGAUAAUUACGCCCGUAUUAAAAAAGAUCACUCACACUCAAAAGGUGGAGGUUCAAUCUGAACAUCCCUUGAGUGUUAGUGCAGUUUUUGAAUAGCUGGAGAGUGAGUAGUCGUAUAGUAAGGUACGACACUAACCCUUCAGCUAUUCAAAAACUGCACUGGCACUCAAGGGAAGCUCAGAUUGAACCUCCACUCUUUGAGUGUGAGUGAGCUUUUAGAAUACAGGCGUUACACAUUUUAUGCAACAGAGGCAAUGUUUUCAAAGAAGGCUAAGGUAUCAGAGAUAUUAGACGAUGUGUUAUUUUCCGCUGGCUGAGGUACGAAAGAAGCAGAAAAUGCUUUCUUACACACUGCUGGGAGCUCGAUAGAGAUCGGGUUGUGCAUGUUACAUGCAGUAUAGAUGAAUUACAAUAUGUCCAAUAAUAUAUAAAAUUCACACUCUAAAAUCUAAAUUUCCAUCUACAAAACCCUUCUAUGAUUAAUUAUAUCGAGUGUAGAUGCCUAAAAUCCUGAUAUUGCGACUUUUUUAUUUAAUUAAACAUUAUUUAAAUACAUUUACCACAAGAGCUUAGAGCUCAUGACAUCCAGAGCUUAGACUUCCACAGGAGUGAGGAAUUGUGUCAAAACACAAUGGAUUCCCACCACCGACUGCUAUUUUUCUUUUAAAUAAAUAAUAAAACAAUUAUUGAAUUCGGUUUUGUAUGAUAUGAAGAAUUAUCAAGGCAUGAUACCUGUGCGUUUAUCAGGGAGAUAACAGGGUGAUAUAAAAACGAUACAGGUACAGACAGUUUUAGUAUAUAUGUCACUGAUAUCAUUUUUUUGUCACUGAUAUCGCUUUCUGUCCCGCUAUUUUAAUAAUUGUUACAUUGGGACAAUGAUUAAUAUUCUAAUAAAUUCUGACCCUGAUGAAGGCAUGAGUAUAUAAUAAACAGGUUAUCCUAAUUGGUGGGAUAUAAGUUUUAUGCUUUCAGGACGAUAUCAUGAAUGUCCCUCAUUCACUGCGCUUACUCGUGACAUUUAUCAAGCGAUAAAACUGAUAUUGCUUUGCCUCUCAUGUGCUAACCUAUUCAUAAACUAUGAUAACCUAUACUCAUAUGAUAACCUAUUCAUAAAAUAUAAGUAACCUAUACAUACCAACAGCAGUGGCGCCGUCAGCUCGAUAAUUGGGGGGGGGGCAAUAUUCAUAUCUUCGUGUUCUGCAUUAUUAACUUCUUUUGAAAUCGAUUGUUUUUGUGGUCUGCGAACACAAAUAUAUGAAUAUUCGCCCCCCCCCCCAAAUUAUCGAACUGGCGGCGCCACUAACCAACAUUAAAUUAGUAUACAAUAAAACUAUAUUGUAUAGGAACAGACGUGGUACUUGUACAAAACAAGGAUGGUACACACGCUGGUAUUGCACAGGGUAAAGUCAUCAAGUUGGUGUUACCUGACGGGAACGUUGUCGCAAUGCAAGAUAAAACAUCAGUAAAAAUAACGGCAGUGUUGAAUUCGAAUGAGAUAAAGGUAGAUCAGAUUGUAAUGUGGCCCAGCAGUAUGUUAGCUGUUCGCCAACCCAACAUUAUUCCAACCCCUCAAAGUGACAUUCCACCAAUAUCUAAACGCGAUGGUGUUAUGAAUUAUAGCUUACAAGUUUUGCAGUUAGGAUUUCUGUUAAUGAAUCUAAACGACAAAGAAAAGGAAGGAGAUGGCAACAGAAGUUUACUUAACUGGAAAUUACUUAUGUUGUAUUUUAGAUGUAGGUCGAGAGGAAUGAAAUAUGCGUUCGAAGCUAUGCGGUUCAUAACUAUGACAAAAGUGUUGUAUACCGCAAGAGUUGCCCAUCGAGUUAUUCAUGGACAGUUUGUCAACCACAAAGGCGGAGCAGGAAACAACUAUGCAAACGACCUGAAAAUGGAGCAGAUUGUGAGGAACAACAAGGACAUUUUGAAGGGAUUAUGUGCAAACAAAACAUUAAAAGCGGUACAAAGAAGUUCAUCAGCCGCUUACGGAUUACAUCAGAUUGUGAAUAACUUUGAUAGACAGUCUAAUAUACCAACAGAUUCCACAGCUCAUACGUAUGCAGACAAGCAGGCAGAUGAAAGAGAAAUGAUAGAAAUCAUUUGUAAAAUCAAACCAUUUACAUAUCAACCUGGAAGGGAAUACAUAUCAUUUAAUGGAAUAGCAAAGUCUCCAUUGGAAAAACUGAACAUUGUCAUGCUCAACAAAUGGUUGACUGAUCACAAAAAGAAACUAUUUCAAUCUCCGUACACUCAUGUUGAAUUAGAGGAUGAAGACGAUGAUGAAGAGGAUGAAGACAACAAUGACGACAAUUCCAGUGAUAGCAACGAAGAAAAUGUUAGUGACUUUGAAUUACAAAUAAAUAGUGAGGAUGGGUGUUAUUGA